ACUGUUGGCUGCCAUUUUGGAAGGGUGUUGCUCAGAAGGACCGAGCUCGGCUGUCCCCGAGGUUGCCUGUGUGAAAAUAACCCGCAAUAAAUGUGGUUCGUUUAGCUUGUACUAGCUAGGCAAUGUAAACAGACAAGAAAGUGUGUCUUUCUUUGAACAAUUCUGGUAAUAUUUGACGCGGGACAAGUCACACAGCUACUUGCUGUUUGCUGUUAAACUUUAACAUGGCGUGAAAAAGUCUUAGUGGACUCUGGGUUAUUUCAACCAAUGUUUUUCUCAAUUUUGGGAUCAUCUGUAAAGAUUAUUGCCUCACUGCCUGCUUGGACUGUGAAACUGCACAACAGGAUGUCCAACUGUGGCCGGCCACUUGCUGCAGUGUGUCAGCUGAACUCCACUCCAGACAAGAAGGCCAACCUAUGUGCUGCCAAAGAGCUGCUGGAAGAGGCGGCGCAGCAGGGCGCCAGCGUUGCGUUCCUACCCGAGGCCUUCGACUACAUUGGCUCUAGUCAGGAGGAGACCCUGGCGCUGUCGGAGAGCCUUGAAGGACACACAAUGACGCGGUACUCUCAGAUGGCCAGGAAAUUGAACAUCUGGUUGUCUCUGGGGGGCUUCCAUGAGCGAGGACCAGCUUGGGAUGUUGAUCAGCGAACAUACAACAGCCAUGUCGUUAUUAACAACAAAGGUCAGAUUGUGUCCAUCUACAGAAAGUCUCACCUGUUUGAUGUGGAGCUUCCUGAAAAAGGCGUCUCGAUGAAAGAAAGUGCUUUCACUAUCCCGGGACCUACGCUGGUGUCUCCGGUCCAAACUCCUGUUGGAAAGGUUGGUUUGGGAGUCUGCUAUGAUUUAAGAUUCCCUGAGCUCUCACUGGCGUUGCAAAAGAAUGGCGCUGAGAUACUGACGUUCCCAUCAGCCUUCACUGAGGUCACAGGACCUGCUCACUGGGAGGUACUGCUACGCGCGAGAGCCAUCGAGAACCAGUGCUACGUCCUGGCGGCGGCGCAGGUUGGCCGGCACCAUGACAGCCGCUCGUCCUACGGCCACGCCCUGGCUGUGGACCCCUGGGGCGUGGUGAUGGGUGACUGUGGAGGGGAGAAAGCAGGGAUGCUGCUGGUAGAAGUGGACCUGGACAAGAUGAGCAGCAUCCGCACAAAUAUGCCACUGAAAAAGCACCGCAGAGAUGAGAACUUUUACACCAGAUUGUCUGAUGACUGAUGAAAUUAUAAAUCAAAAUGACUUUGGGUAAUAAAGAGUAGGAACAUAAGUUAUGUUAUUUGUAUGUGCUGACAUAACUUAGUACAGCAUAGCAAUACAUAACAUGUCAUAACAUGACAUAAAAUAAUGUAACUUAACAUAGCGUAACAUAAUGUUGCAUAGCAUAACAGCAUAAAAUAGAGUACAAUAACAAAAUAAUGUAAAAUAGUAUAACAAGACAAUGUAACAUAAUGUAGCACAGCAUAGGACAACCACAUUACAUAAAAUAACGUAAAGUAACUUAAUGUAACAUAGCGUAAGAAAUAACAGCAUAACAAUGAAACAUACCACAACUUAAAGUACCUUAAUGUAAAAUCACAGCAUGUGAUGACUCUGACUCAGCAUCUUUUGUCACACUGACCUUGAUGGAAUACAUGUAUGCAGCCUGACAAAUAACAUUGUAUUGUGUUAGUAUUUUUAGUGUAACAGCAUCAAAGAAUACCAGAAAAAAGUGGAUUUUCAGUACAAAAAAAGAAAAUCUACUUAAGAUAAGAUCUAGAUAUAAUAUUUAAACAGAAUUUGCAACGUGUGACAUGCAUGAGUGGAACUGAAAUGCUUGAAUAUCCAAGGUGAGUGGAGUGUGUGGAUGUUGAAGCAGUUUGAAUCAGUACAGAAAUGUGGGAGAUGGAGAGGAUUGUACAUUGCCUAUUUAUUUUCAAGGUGGGGAAAUUCCGGGUAAUCGGGGAACUUUCCAAACCAGUUAACACACUGGCUUAAAUGUCCAGGGUAAGUGGAGUGCAUGUGUGGAUUGUGGAACUAUUCAAAUCGGAUGAAAAAUGUGGGAUAUUCAGUAGAUUUUAUAUUUCCCAUUA